AUGGGCGGUCUCUCUGCCUUAGGCGCUUUGGUCUGCAGCCAUAAGGUCUUAACCAUCUGUUUCCUGGUCACGAAAGUAUCAUACGGUAGAGAAAUCCGAAAAAAUGCAACCCGAGAAACGCGCCGAGAUGUGAAGGAUGCGCGGGAGACGCUCGCGACGGACAUUCCUCAGGCUAUCGACAACAAUACCAUUAUCCGUAAAUAA